AUGGCGACGGCCGCUUCGUUGGCCACGCGCUCUGCCGCGCGCAUGCGGUCCCUGGCGAUGCGACGGAUCGACAGCGCAAGGACAGCGUGUCUCGAACGGAAGAGCCCCGGCCUAUGGGGGGGCACAUCAUCACCAAGACCACCCAGCAUCGGCCACCAGCCGGCCUUGGGGCGACGCUGUCCCUUCUGCACCGUAGCUGCACACCGCUCUGCCCAGGCCGAUAGGACAGACAAGCGGCAGACGCGCAAGGGCGGCUCGUCGGGGCCCGAGUCGGCCCGGCUCACGCUCCUUGCUGGCGUGGGCCUCUUCUCGGCUGUGUUCGCGAUGCUGCAACCGCUGUCGGUCCAUGUCGACGUCGACGAGCAGUACGAGCACGUCUCGGACACGGCCAGCGACGACCGCGACCCGUCGCUGCCGCGGUACCGGCUCGCCGACAUCCGCAAGCACGACGCCCGAUCGGCCAUGCCGUGGGUCACGUCGGGCGACAAGGUCUACGACAUCACCGACUGGGUGGCUGCUCACCCGGGCGGCCCAGUCAUUCUGCAGGCGGCCGGCGGCUCCAUCGACCCGUACUGGGACAUCUUCACCAUUCACAAGGCGCCCCACGUCUACGACAUCCUGGCCCAGUACCUGAUCGGGCUCGUCGACGCGGCCGACCUCGUCGACGGCAAGCCGGCUGCCACGGACAUCGCGGAUCCGUUUGCCAGCGAUCCCGUUCGCGACGGCCGGCUGCUCACGCACACGGCCAAGCCGUGCAAUGCGGAGCCGCCACCCACCGAGCUCGGUCGCACAUUCGUCACGGCCAACGAGCUCUUUUACGUGCGCAAUCAUAUGUGGGUGCCGGUGGUCGACCGGGCUGCUGCCCAAGGCCAUGAGCUCGCCGUCGAGCUGCCUGACGGCGCCAUCCGCACAUACACGCUCGACGAGCUGCGGCGCCGCUUUCGCCGCCAUCGCGUCACCGCCGUGCUGCAGUGCUCCGGCAACCGGCGCAGCGACAUGACCCGUGCCGUGGCCAAGACAAACGGGCUCCAGUGGGGCGUUGGCGCCAUCAGCAACGCCGUCUGGGAGGGCGUCCUGCUGCGGGACGUGCUGGCGGAUGCUGGCCUGCAGCUGGACGAGGGCACGACUGACCAGCUACACGUCCAGCUUGCCGGUAUGGAGGCCUAUGCGGCGAGCAUCCCGCUGCCGACUGCUCUCGACCCGCGUGGCGACGUGCUGCUGGCCUUUGCCAUGAACGGUGAGCCGCUGCCGCGCGAUCAUGGCUUCCCGCUGCGUGCUGUGGUGCCGGGACACGUGGCGGCACGGUCGGUCAAGUGGCUCUCACGCGUCGUCGUGGCCGACGAGGAGUCGCCCAGCCAGUGGCAGCGCCGUGACUACAAGCUGUUUGGGCCCAACGAGGGCGGCAAGCCCGACUGGGACCGGUACCCGGCCAUCCAGGAGAUGCCACUGACGAGCGCCAUCACGGGCAUCUGGGUUGGCCGCGAGGGCAUCCAGAAGGCGGGACAGCAGUGGCUGGACGAGACCGAAAGACAACGGAGGGGCGAUGGAGCCCGAGCAGCGGCCGGCGAGCGUGGUGAUCCGCGGACCUGGCAAAAGGAACACCUGUCUAGCAGCAUCACCACAGUCGAGCCUGAGCCUGUCGCCGUGACCGGUUAUGCCUACUCGGGCGGCGGACGUGAGAUUGUGCGUGUGGACGUCAGCCUGGAUGGUGGCCGCACCUGGGACCAGGCCGAGCUGUUGGACCGGAGAGACGACGACGGAAGCGGUGAGAUCGUCGCCAGGGGCACGCGCGACUGGGCCUGGAAGCGCUGGCGAUACGCCGGCCGCCUGCUGCCCCCAAAGGGCGACGACGUCCACAGCUGCGCCGAGAUCGUGGUCAAGACCGUCGACGCCGCCUACAACACGCAGCCCGAGCGCCACGAUGGCAUCUACAACGUGCGCGGUAACCUGGCAACGGCGUGGCAUCGCGUGCGCCUGUGUCCGACCGUCGGUCUUGGUCGGACCGUCACCUGGACUAUGGACGGAUGUGGAUUUGGAAAUAAGAAGUAA